AUGGCUUCGACAGAGCCCCAAGAAACGUCAGAGGGCCUUGUAUUCACUCGCGUGGAGGCGCCGUCCCAGCCUGCAGCUACUGAUGCUGCAGCUUCCAUCCGCCGACCACCACGACAACGUACAGAGACAUCUUCCAGACCACCUGUCUCCGGCCCGCGGCGUACAAGCAUGAACAUCAAGGGGAUGCGUCGCACAUCCAGUUUGCGGGAUGGCGCACCCGCGUACCCUCACGAUGAUAUACCCGAUGACAUACUGUAUCGGCAUUGUUCUGAUCAGGUCCCUCCUGUGGUGCGCAUGAAACACUUGCUCUGCUGGACAUUGCACCGUUCUUUGGCCCAAGCGCUUGGCGAAUCGCCAAUGCCACGACUCUCGCGUCGUCGGCACGGCAAAUCGCGUGCUGUGGAAGAUGGAGGUCUCUCGCUUCUGCACGAAGUGCCAAAAGAGGCCGCACAUACUUUGUCUGAGCACGAGAAACAGCAAAUUGCCGAAGUAUCACCACUGCUGCGCAAAGUGAUUGAUGAGACCAUGCGAGAUUUAAACGACGGCCUUAUUGGUAUUAGCUGGCUUCGGCAUGCGAAGAGCAAAGAAAGCCAUCCCCUCCAACCACAUCCACGCAAUCAGUCGAAUCGACAGGCUGUAAAACAACUGUCCGGUAUGCUACACCAACUAGAUACAGAGUUGGCUUCAUGGAAGGAGUACGAAGACAUGAUGCAGCGGCUACAUGCAGAAGCCGAUCAAAUGGAAGCGCAGGCUGCUCAUAUCCGUGAACAGGCCACAGAAAGGCGCAAAGGCAGAGCGAGUGCUUCGAACGUAUCGUCGGACACGGAGGCUGAUGAAGAACAGGUCAUUGCUGAAGAAGUGGAGCGUGGAUUGUCCGGCUCUCGCGAGGCCACCUUGCCUUGGACACUCGACGAUGCUGACGAACAUACGCGACGGCAAUUGGACCUAGUUCAGACCAUUGUCUCUGCCACCGAUGAACUGAAUCAAGCUGUCCUGGCGGACGAUCAUGCCUCGCAUAGCACACGCACAGACCUGGCGGGCACCGAGGUAGAUCCUCGCUUGGAUACACUGGAGCUUUCUGUCGACAAACUCCACCAACGACUUCAUGUCCUCUACCAAAUGGAGCGGCUGGCGCACGAUUAUAUCCAACGUAUUUCGCACCGCGCAGCGCAUGCCCUUCAGGAGCGCACGUCAGCCAGUCUGGCUUCGUUUUCUGGUACCUCGCUGGACACAGAGGGUACCGAUCCAGCCAUGUCUGCACAAGCGCAGAAACGUCUCGACACUCUUUUGGCGGGCAUUCAUGAUCCCAUUCAAGAACGUAUAUCUACCCAGGCUCCUACGAUCGACACACCAUAG